AUGACGGACGCACGUAACAUAGAUGAUGCUGAAAUAGCCCGUCAAGAAGCACUUAAUGAUAAGAUGAUGGAAGCGGCAGAAAAAGUAAUGAAUGCCAACCUUCCCAAGCUAGCUCAAGAAGUUGAGAGCCGAGUUUUAGGGAUUGUUGAUGAGAUGAUGGCUAGCAAGAUUGAGGAGUUAAAGGAAAUGAUCGAAGGAUCCAGAACUAGAAGGGAGGUGGAUCCAAUAAAGUGUCAAAGAUGGAUAGCCAACGUUGAAGCUGUAUUUGUGCGUAGUCGAUGUGAGAAGGAAGAUCAAGUAAUGUUUGCUACGGGUCAACUUCAGCAACAAGCCAAGGAUUGGUGGGAUACAAAAUGUAAAGAGAUAGGGGAAGAAGGACUCCAAACUUUAACAUGGCAAGAGUUCAAAGAAUUGUUCCUGAAACAUCAUUGCCCGCAAUCGGCAAUUGAUAGAAUACAAGAUGAGUUCUUGCAUCUUCGUCAACAGAAUGAGUCUAUUGAUGAAAUUACCAAUAUAUUCUACGAUAAGUUGAAGUUUUGUGAUGAUUUCGUCAAAUCUGAAAGGAUGAAGAUCAAUCGGUACUAUGGAAUGUUGAAGGCUGAGUAUAGGGAGUUCAUUACUCCUUCAAAGUGUGAAACUUUGGGUGAACUCAUCAAUCUAGCUCGGGAUAGAGAGAUAGAACUGAAGCGACAAGUGGAAAGAGGAGAGAAACGGCCUGCUGAAAAGCCAUCAACUACGAGCCCCUCCAAGAAGCCUAAGCAACACGACACUAGAAGUAAAGGAGGAUCAAAAAGUAGUAUUCCCCCAUGCAAAACUUGUGGAAAGCUUCACACCGGAGAAUGUUUAAUGGGAAAGAAAGGGUGCUACAACUGUGGUCAGGAGGGACAUCCUUACUUUAAGUGCCCUAGUCCCGUGAGGACGUGUUUCAAUUGUUUCACUCCCGGUCAUGUAAAAGCUGACUGUCCAAAGCUUAAACAACAAGGGCAGAAGGAUGAAAAGAAGAAUGAAAAUCAGAAGGCUCGGGGAAGAAUGUUUUAG